UAUAAAUCACAUCUCACUUCCGUCCCCGGCGUCAUACGGAUUACCACGACCUAGGCGCCAGCUCUUUCAACGAUAUCCUGACACACCUUCUGCGAGAUACCCCUUGACUCCUCCACGAUGGCUCCAUCAAUCCCAAUUCCCACACAGGGAGGGAUGUUCCACACCUUCCAAGGAGUCACGCCACGGAAAGCGUCGAUAGAUUCACAAGACAGCGCAAAGUCCAGCGGGACGGGGACGGCGAAGAGGAUAACGACACCACAUGCCUGCGCCGAGUGCAAGAGGCGCAAGAUCCGGUGCGACGGUCAGCAACCAUGCGGCCAGUGUCUCUCCAGCAGGGCACCUAAGAGGUGCUUCUACGACAAGCACCGGCAACGGGUGAUCCCCUCGCGCAAGACCCUCGAGGCCCUGUCACAGUCGCUCGAAGAAUGCCGGUCCAUCCUGAAGCGGCUCUAUCCGAACCACGAGGUGCAGGCUCUCCUCCCCCUGUCACGGCACGAGCUCCUCAACCUCCUGGACCGGCCCAUGAUCGACACAUCGGUCAGCGGGUUGCCGUCGCCGCCCAUCCACACAUCGCCGCUCUCCGAGCUCGGCUCACCAACCAUGAUGCCGAAGGCCGAGAACCUCCUGGAGCAGCUUCCGUCCCGGGACACCGAGUGGGACGAGGAGCGGCGCGGGAGGGACCCGAUCCCGGCCGAGGCCGACGACAUCAACGCGCUCUCGCUCUCUGUGGACCGGCAGUCAUCCUACCUGGGCGCCUCGUCCAUCAAGGCGGCGCUGAUGGUCAUGCUCAAGGUGCAGCCGAGCCUGCGGAACACGCUGGCGGCGCCCCUGAGCGGCGUCGAGAUGAGCAACAACUUCCCCGCCGUCCGGCAGAAGCCGUCGGCGCCGAACAAGGACGCGCAGCAGCGGAUCCCGUGGUCGUGGAAGGGCCAGACGCUGAUCGACGCCUACUUCAAGCGCAUCCACGUCUUCGUGCCGAUGCUGGACGAGAGCAGCUUCCGGGCCGACUACCUUGAGGGGCAGCGGACGGACGCGCCGUGGCUGGCGCUGCUCAACAUGGUGUUCGCCAUGGGCAGCAUCGCGGCCAUGAAGUCGGACGACUACAACCACAUCAACUACUACAACCGCGCCAUGGAGCACCUGCCGCUGGACGCCUUCGGCAGCAGCCACAUCGAGACGGUGCAGGCGCUGGCGCUGAUGGGCGGCUACUACCUGCACUACAUCAACCGGCCCAACAUGGCCAACGCCGUACUCGGCGCCGCCAUCCGCAUGGCGAGCGCCCUCGGCCUGCACCGCGAAAGCCUCGCCCAGAGCAGCGGCAGCACCAACGACACGCUUGCCGUGGCCGAGACGCGCCGGCGCACCUGGUGGAGCCUGUUCUGCCUCGACACGUGGGCCACGACGACCAUGGGCCGGCCAUCCUUCGGCCGCUGGGGCCCCGCCAUCAACAUCCGGCCGCCCGAGUUCGGCGUCAACGCGGGACGCGACGCGUCGCAGCACGCGGCCGGCAUGCUCCCGCUGAUCGAGAACAUCAAGUUCUGCAAGAUCGCCACGCAGAUCCAGGACAUGCUCGCCAUCACGCCGCUCCUGCGCACCGAGGACCGCUGCAGCCUCGACGGCCAGCUGGCCGCCUGGUACGCCAACCUGCCGUGGCUGCUGCGCACGACGGACCCGUGCGCCGAGCCGCUGUACAUGGCGCGCUGCGUCAUGAAGUGGCGCUACCAGAACCUGCGCAUGCUCCUGCACCGGCCCGUCCUGCUCUCGCUCGCCUCGUCCGGGCUCAACCCGCACACGCAGGCGUGCGACGCCGACCUGGCCGCCAUCGAGACGUGCCGCGACCUGGCGGCGCAGACCAUCGACGACAUCGCGCGCGAGUGGGCGCGCAACCAGAUGUCCGGGUGGAACGCCGUCUGGUUCCUGUACCAGGCCGCCAUGGUGCCGCUGGUCAGCGUCUUCUGGCAGUGGGGGUCGCCGCGCGUGCCCGAGUGGCUCAAGCAGAUCGAGGCCGUGCUGGACCUGCUUGAGGUCAUGGAGGACUGGUCGCUGGCCGCCCGCCGCAGCCGCGAGGUCGUCUGGCGCAUGUACGAGGCCGCGCGCCAGCUCGUCGCCCAGCACCAGCGGCCCGGCCCCGGCGUCGUCCCGGGCAGCCCUUCGACCAUCCACGUCAUCACCGGCGACGGCAUGCUCAUGCCCUCGCCAGGCGCCGCCGACGCCGCCGGCAUGCACAUGUCCCCCAUCGGCCUGGAGCCCGUCGACGGCCUGGGCAUGAUGGGCCUGCUCACCGAGGGCGGCCUGUGGGGCGAUCUGGACGGCAUGUACUGGGCCCCCAACCAACCCAUGAGCCUGGGCAGCCCCGUUGACGAGUCUGCGCUUGCUGCUGCGGCGGCGGCCGAGUUCUACCACACGGGCUCUACUACUACUACUGCUGCUGCCACUACUACGGGUGUGGACUACGGUGGUCUCAUGGCCCAUCACGCUGCUCACCAUCAACAGCAGCAGAAUGGGUUUGGCUACGUCCACUGAGCUGGUGCUCACGCCUUUUUUUUUCUUGUCCUUGUUCUGCUCCUCACUUCCUGCCUUGCAAGCCUUGGCAGGCCUUUUCGGCCCGGGACGGCCAAAAGGGAUGGCGGGCGACAUUUCUUGCUGAUGUCCACGAAAAAAUGUGGGGUACAGGGGUCUAUGAUGUGUCACGGUGCCUAUGGGGG